AUGGCACAAGAAGAUGAAUUCGCACCAAGACCAGAGACUAGUUUUGGGGCUGAUGGAGUGCCAGAAGGCCAACGACCCGUCAAUGAAUUCCUGGAUGUAACCAGCCAACCAAUGUUCGGGUGGGCGUCUCUCGAGACCGGAAGCAAAGGGCUGCUCACUCGUCUGGUGACGGUAUACUCGGUUCUAUUUUUCACCGUGUGUUAUCCCAUUGCAGGGGCAACCUUUACACAGGAUGGCUAUCUAUUGCAAAAGAUCACGGCUGCCAAUGUGGGCGACUUGUUUGUCGCCUUGAUGAUCUUACUGCGGAUUUUCAGCGGAUGGUCAUAUGUAGGUUCUAGGUUAAACAGCAAUGUGAUUGAAUACGAAGAAACCGGUUGGUAUGACGGAGACUUUGAAACCAAGAGUCCAUCCGAAAAACUCCGAGAUGAACUGCUCUACGAAGAGAAGGUGGAGCCAGUUGUGGAUAGACUGAAGCUUUUCACCAUCAGUGCGGCAGGACUUUGGGUGGCGUCCUGCAUAGGUUACAAUGUUGCUCUCUCUGCAAAGCCGCUCUUUAAUGAGUAUGACCCAGCCAUGCUUGAGCGUCUACGAGCAGACGACAAACUCGCCGAUGUCGCCGCUCAACAAAGUGGUGGUAAACCCACAUACUGUGACAAUCGUUAUUAUCGAGCGGUGGCGAAUGGAGGCCAAGGCUGCAAUUAG